GCGUUUGUGACUGUUUUGCUCACCACAAUUACGUAUAUUCGGAGAAAUUUAACACGAAACAAUCAACAAUUUCUUCCCCAAAAGUACACGCUUGAUGGCACCUACUUUAACCCUGCGCGACUUUUAUCACUCUACAUACCUCGCGCGAACGCUUUAUGCUCCAUGUUGAACUGCACUUGUGAUUGGCGAGCUGUAACGGAGUCGCCGACCUCAAAGUAUUGUAUCUAUGGGUUCUCCGUAGCAGACAUACCAUAGUGACACUUUUCGACCCAGUCGAAUACCCUUUCAUCCCCUUACGCUGUGAUAGCGAUUUUGAUAUGCGUGAUAUCGCAUCCAGUGAUGAAGUGGACCCGAACAGCACCAUCUGGGGGGUUUUGUUUUACGUACCCACACUUUUGUUGCUAACAUUUUUUUACACUGUGCAGGGUGUCGUUCACGGAUUGACGUCUGCGAUGACAUUUUUGCUUCAAGCUGAAAGCAACAAAUAUAACUAUCAGGCCUUGGCGAAAUUUUCUCUAGUCACUUGGCCGGUUUUGCUCAAGUUGUUUUGGGCUCCCAUUGUCGAGUCCGUCUAUAGCGUUCGCUUUGGACGCAGAAAAUCGUGGAUUGUUCCCGCAAUCUUCACAAUUGGCGUCACGCUACUUUUACUAUCUAAUUAUGUCGAUAACUGGCUAGGUCGAAAACCUGGAGGACCAUUGAUUGCCGGAGCGAUUAAAAUUCUUCCUCUGACAGCAACCUUCUGCUGGCUUAUUUUGCUGACUUCUACGUUGGACAUCGCGGUGGAUGGUUUAACUCUGGCUGAGCUACCCAAACAAAGAGUUGGAUGGAUUUCUGCCUGCAGCAUUAUCGGUUUGGCAAUUGGUCAGUAUUUAACCCACGUCAUCGUGCUCAGCAUUGAGUAUCCAUCCAUCUGGAGUUGGGAGGGUCGGACAUCGGGGAACGAACGCGUGAACGUCAUAACUCUAUCAGGAUUUAUUCGCUUUUGGGGCAUUAUCUUCUUGUCAACUGCACUCGCGGUAACGCUUUUUAUACAGGAAGGACACUCUUCGCUCUGGUUGCCAGUGAAGAUUUGCUGUGAUGUGUUCACUAGGAAGUUCCCGCUUUUCCAGACAAAUAUUAUUGCUGGAACCUCUAGAAGAUUUUCUUGUUUGCCAUGCACGCUUUGUGUAAUGCGUUGCCAGACGUCUCCCGAAACUCUUGAGGAAGCGGCUAAUCGUAUGGCCUUUGUUGCUGCGACGGAUCCUGUCAACGUUGUUGGACAAACUUUAACAGAUACACCCGGGUUCAGAUCUACGGAAGAUAAUCUUCCACCUCAAGGAGUAAUAUUGGAUGUCAGUGGAGUAACUACUGCCGGCAUGGCGGCGCAAACAAAACCGACUCCUUUGGAUGCAUACGUGGUGUUGCUUCGGGUAAUCUGUCUUAAAGCUGUCUCGAAAUUGUUCGUGGUGAUUUUUCUGACUAAAUUUUGCUUUGCUCCGAUGGAAGCCAUAUUCACUCCGUAUUUGGCUGAGCAAGGAUUUCCGAUGCACCACCUGGCACUACUUAUCAUAUGCAUACUCCCCGUGCGAUGGUUUCUGCCACUUCUGGCUGUUCGAUGGACAACCCGAGCAGCUUUGUUACAAACGUACAUCACCUUGGGUCUCGCGCGGUAA